AAAUAUAUGGUCCUAUAUUGAGAAAGUCAUUAUGUUUUAUUCCUAAUGAGAAAUGUUCUUCACGUGAUUGAAUCAUGAUAGAGAACGAUCCGUAAUUAUAAACUUCACUAAUUACUGGUCCUGACUAGUGAAGGCUAUGACUUGUACUAUUCCUUGCGACCUAUUUUAUAUGAUCUGUUAUUGUUAAUGAUGUUUGAUAAAAUUAUUUUUAAUCAAUUUAUAAGACAACUGAGAUGUAAUUAACAAUCUUUUUGUUGCUCCUGGUGCUCUGACCGUUUGAAUGGUUGCUUACUUUUAUCACUGUUAAUAUCGAGAAAUAAUUUUCUAGCAAUAUACUUAAAAGCCAAAAGUAUUUCCGUUUUGUAUUGCUGUGAGUCUUCCCUGCCUGAGUUUGAAACUUGAAUGUCCCUGGGUUGUUACACUGUACUCUACCUUUUACUAUUGAGUGGCAAUUAAUGAAUUACAGCUUUUCAUCAGUAAUUUCAGCCGAUUAUUAUAAUUACCUCUGUUAUACCAAUACAUACGGACUUGGGAGUAUUUCGUAUCUUUAAUUCGGAUUAAGAAAAGGUAAAGUAAGCCAAUAUAGGUAUUAUUGGUUACAAUACUGCUCCGUACAAAUUUAUAACUUCUAUCUUAAAAUAAUCGAAUUUUUCUUUUAAAAUUAUUUCAUUUUCAAACUAACAUGAGUACUUCAUCAAAGAUACAAAUACACAUUUUAAAAUUGCAUUAAAAAUUUUAUAAUCUUUCUGUUUUAAUUCAAAUUGUUUGUUAAAAGUGUUUUAUAUGAAAUUUAAAAAUAAAAACUACAAUGUACACAUUUAAGAACUACUUUAAACUAUGGAUAAGAUUAGUGGUGACAUUACCAUAUUGUUUUAUCAAAUUACUAAUGAAAAUAAGAAAAAAAAAAGUAAAUAGUGUUUGACUUUAUGAAUAAUAAACAAGUAUACUUUAUUUUGAAACAGUGGGAGUAAACCAAAAUGUGAGUUGAACAUUUUAUUAUUUUAGUAAAUAAUUAACAAAUUCACAUAUGAGAAUAGGGUUUAAUAGGAGACUAGAACAAGUAUUUUGGAACAGGUGCAGCAGAUAAAAAUUUGUAAAUCAGAAAGCAGAAGAUAAUUCCUAAGGAUGAUAUUGGGUUUAGAUUAAAAUUUGUUUCCAUGGUACGGAGAUGAAUGAUAAUCUGAUGGCCAAACUGACAAGGGAAGAUGUUAUGGAAUGGAAGUUGAUAAAAGUCUGCUUUUUACACCCAAGAGCACCCAUCACCUGGGGAGAAUUUGGGUUCAUUGGGAUACCCUAUCCACUGUAAGGUGGUAAGGGCUAUGAAUAACAAUAAGUUUGAAAUCUUUUUGUGUAUGGACAUAAUGAGGCAUACAGAAGGAGGGAGUUGUGGUCAGACACCAGGAAGAUUGCAGAGAAGAUCCAAGGGGCCUGGUUGCUUGCUUGCUGGAGACUUUAAUAAUGUUCUUAAGGUUUGAUGAAGACAGGAUCGGGGGACUCCCUAUCACCUUAGAUGAAAUAAAUAACUUUAAACAACGCACCUUUGAUUGUGGGUUGGAGGACAUGCAUGCCUUUGAAGGGAUCCUAUUACUUCACAUGGUCCAGUAGACAGUGUCAGGAAAUAAGGAUCCACUCAAGGAUUGACUGGGUGUUUUGCAAUGCAGAAUGGAUGAUUCGGUUUAGCACUAAGGUGUUGGUGAAAGAUGGGCUAUCUGAUCGAUCAUACCCCUCCCUCUUCUUAUUAUUACUCAAGCUUUGUACCAAAGUAAUAGAAGCUUCGGGUUUUGUGACACGUGCAAAAUUGAUGAUUCUUUUGCUAAGAUUGUUGAGAACGUUUGGAAUAAGGAGAUCCAAGGUAGGCCCAUGUUUCAACUUUGCCAAAAUUUUAAGAUUAUAUCUAAGAUUAUUUGUAAUGGACUUGAGAUGAUCCAUCUCCUGUUGCAACAUGAUAUACAAAGUUAUAUCUAUGAUUAUUUGCAAUGGACUUAAGAUGAUCCUCCCUGACAUUGUCAAUCAAAAUCAGGGUGCUUUUAUUCGUGGGAGCAAGUUAGUUCAUAAUGUUUUACUAUGCUAUGAACUGGCUAGAGGAUACCAUAGGAAAUAUGCUACCCCCAGAUGUAUGUUGAAACUGGAUUUAAGAAAAGCGAAUGAUACUAUGAGUUGGAAAACAAUCAUUCAAAUCAUGGAGCUACCAAAUUUUCCUACCCAGUUUGUGUCUUGGGUGGCCUACUGCAUCCAAACCACAUCCUUCUCUAUUCAACUUAACGGAGAAAAAGAAUGGAUUCUUCAAGGCUGAUGAUGAUAAAUCUGUGGAUUGUAUUAUGAAGGCUUUGGAAAUUUUGGCAAUGCUACUGGCCUACAAGUGAACCCUGCUGCAAAGUACAAGAUAGAAUACUGAGGAAAACUAAUAUGGAACUGAGAACUCUACCUACCUGGGGAGCCCUAUUACAGCUGCUCUAGGGUGAGUGAGAGAAUGUGAUAUAGAAUUUGCAGACUCUGUCAUGUGGAUCCUAUUUGUGUUUUGUGUGAUAAAGAAAAUACAAGACAUGGAGACUAAAAAUCAUCUCUUUUUUGCAAGUGUUCUUUCUUUCAAAAAUAUUUUAUUUUGUCCACCUUACAUUUUAUAUAACUUUUUGACUUAUUAGAAUUUGGGUACCGGUCCUGAGUCUCUAGAACUCUAGAAGGGCGCUGUGCAAAAGAAAUAUUGGGACUCCAA